UUCAGCUUGAUUCCUUCUCAGCCAGCGACGCGUGUCGGCGUGUGCGCAGGGAGAAGGAAGAAUCGGAGAUAUCGGGAUCGAUUUCCCGAUCGAGCUAGGUACCGAGCUACAGGGUAGACAAGGGGGUACCUAUAGACGGAAACCUUUUCCCUAUUCGUACUAGUACAGUACCAAGCCCCAGCUAGCUAAGCUAAGCUAAUUAGCCCUGUGUUGCUUGCUCCACCACACUUCGUCUUCCGGCCUCCUCCUCUUCCUCCUCUGCCUCCUCUUAGCUAGAGAAGCUGCAUAUAAACAAUUAAUUGUUUCUCCCAGCGGCACAGCAGCAAGAGCUAGCCCAAGCUAUAUAUAUUUCCUUUCCUGCCCACCCAGACCAACCUCACACACAAAACCUCUCCCGCUACAGCAACAUAGAUAUGCCGCCCCUGCCUAAUUCCUGCUACCCAAGCUAGAGCUUCGUCUCCAUCUGACCAUCUCCAUCCCCUGAUCUCUCUCUCUAUAUAGAUCUUCUUUUAAUUUCUUGCCCUCGAUCUCUUCGUGUUCAUCAAUCAUCAUACACAUAGCUACCUGCCUACCUGCAUAAAUCUCUCGUCCAUACUACAUAUCCCAACACAAAUUGCAGAUCAGGGAAGCACAUAUAUAUAUAUAUAGGAGUACAUAGAUAGAUAGUCGACCGCCACCGCGCAUAUAUAUAUGGGGCUUCGGGACAUCGAGCUGACGCUGCCGCCGGGGUUCCGGUUCUACCCGAGCGACGAGGAGCUGGUGUGCCACUACCUGCGGAACAAGGUGGCCAACGAGCGCUUCGCCGCCGGAGGACCCGCCGGGACCAUGGUCGACGUCGAUCUGCACGUCCACGAGCCAUGGGAGCUGCCAGAUGUGGCAAAGCUGAGCACGAACGAGUGGUACUUCUUCAGCUUCCGCGACCGUAAAUACGCGACGGGGCUGCGCACGAACCGGGCCACCAAGUCCGGCUACUGGAAGGCCACCGGAAAGGACCGUGUCAUCCGCAACCCCAGGUUGGCGGCGACGACGUCCGGUGCCCGUGCCGCCUCCAUCGUCGGCAUGCGCAAGACCCUUGUCUUCUACCGUGGCCGCGCCCCCAACGGCACCAAGACCUGCUGGGUCAUGCAUGAGUUCCGCAUCGAGAACCCUCACACACCACCCAAGGAGGACUGGGUGCUGUGCAGAGUCUUCCACAAGAAGAGAGCAGACACGGAGUACGCCAUGGAUAGCGAGCAGGAGAUGGCCGGCAAGGGAUGGAACUACGUCAGCUCCUCCUCCUCGUGCCAUGGUCUGGAGCAUCAAUCGCCUCCGGCGGCGUUCCCCUCCCUCAGUGCUGGCGGCGGUCACCAUUACCAGCUGCCAUCUUCUCACGAUCACCACCACCACGCCGGGGUCGACGCCUUCGCCAGCAUGCCCCCACUGCUCAGCUACGACAGCAUCCUCGAUUUCAGCCAGCAUCUCGAUGGCAGCGGCGGCACGAACGUCGGAGCUGCGGCGGGUUCGAGAGAGGACGGAGGGGAUCAGUGUGGUGGCCUGCUGAUGGACCUAGGGCUGCAGGAAGAGCAGUACAACUACAACAGCUUGAUGCAGAUGUGAUCUGCAUGCAUGCUAUUGCUCAUACGGUAGUGUGUAAUUAAUUAAUUAAUAACCUGGUCUUAGUUAAUUUGAUAUUAUUCGUUCGUGGUCUUGUGCAGAUACAGUUGUGUGCAUGUACGCAGUUUAGUGCAGUAGUAGUAUAUAAAAUACUGCUAUUGAAUUGGGUUACUUGAUUGGUAUAUAUAGGAUCUAAAUUAUUGAGAGUGAUAUAUGCCGCUGUAUGUACAUAAUGUAUACAUAUGGAUCGAUUUCUGUUGAUGUUUGGCGAAUGGAGUCAAGUUUGAACCUUUUUCUGUUU